CUCCCUGGGACCAUCCCAGUCCCAGUUUGGGUAUUUCAGAGGUCAGUUUAAAAAAAAUAAAAACCAGCACCGCAAAGCUGCAGUCUUCACCACGAGAGCCCUGCCUUGGAUCUGUGUUUCUUCCUCCUCUCGUCUCUUGCCUUUCUCCUCCGCCGCCCGAUGCUUUAAUUUUGGAGGCGAACAUCACAGGGACAAAAAGAUAAUCAUCAGCAUAACAAUCGGAACCGGCGGGAGACUCGGAGAGGCAAUGGGGGGGAAGAAAAAUGGCCCUGGAAUCCAGGCAUGGAAUUCGUAGAAGAUCUCUAGGAGAUUUUUGGGGAUGCCUCCGUGCCUCAGAUUUACUUCAUUAUGUCUUCCUCCAAACUCCAAGAUGUAGAUGAGGUUUUUGAUUUUAAUGAUGUGAUUCCAGAGACCCAGAGGCUGGACAGCAGUUUGCAGAAGGCCCGGGCCCAGCUCUCCGCCAAGGGCAGACGGCAGCGUCCCUCUCGGUCCCGUCUGAGCGACAGCGUCAGCUCCACGGAAGGGGAUGAGAUCCUGGAGAAGAAGGCGGGCGAUAGCUGUGGAAGUCCACUCCACCGCCUGAGGUCCCCUCUUCAUGGUUCACUCCAGGCCUCAUCGCCCCUCUCUGGUUCCUCACCCUUCACCCGCACUGCUGAAUUCUCCUUUGAUGCCCCGACAGUCCGACGGUCGCUGGAACAGGAGGAGCAUGCUUCGUCACCUCUCAUCCGUUAUCGACCUCUGACCAACACCUCUUCCCAGGAAGCCUUAGGGGGCACCCCUACCAGCUCUUCACCCAAGUCCUGCCACAGUUCAGACAGUUCGCCUAUCUAUGCACGCAGAGAGAGGCACAGUGGAGACGACAGCCAGGACACGAGUCCACCAGAGCCUGCAAGCCCCACUAUUGGGCUCGACAAGAAAACCCGGCGAAAGUUUCUGGAUUUAGGGGUCACCCUCAGAAGAGCAUCUUCUGGAAAAAGCAGGAAAGAAAAAGGGAGCAAUCGGCUCUCCAUGGGCAACAGGGACCUGAUGGAGGGCUCCAGUCGUUCCUCUGCCUCACCCUUCAUGCCUUUCUCCUGGUUCAUGGAUAGCAGUAAAGGCUCCGCCUCCUCAGGAAGCACUGCCUCCCCCACCUCCUCCCCCAAGAAUGAGGCCUUCAGCCGCAAGAAAUCUGCGUCCCAGGAAUCCACCCUGAGCGAUGACUCCACCCCUCCCAGCAGCAGUCCGAAGACUCUGAGCACAGCCCCUCCUGAGCCCAAGUGCUCCUACCCCUACCACACCCUGUCGCAGUCAUCUGAUGAGUUCCUGGAUGAGCCUCUAAGCACAGCUUCAACAUGGAGCACUCAGAAAGUGGGCCAGUGGUUGGAGAGCUUGAACCUGGAACAGUACAUGGCAGAAUUUGCUGCUCAGGAGGUGGAUGGCCAUCAGUUGCUGCUCCUUGAUGGAACCAAACUGAAGGCGCUGGGAGUCAGCAACGCCCAUGAUCGGUCUAUUCUAAAGAGAAAGCUGAAGGAGCUGAAUGCAGCAGUCGAGAAGGAGAAGAAAGCUCAGGAAAAAGUGGAGAAACAGAAGGAAAAACAGAAGAAGAAAGAGCGGGAACAGGAACAGAAGAAGAGUUAGAAAAAGAGGGGAAACAUGGGGAUGAUUGUUCCCAGUGCACGUGACUUACACCCUUCCCCUUCUUCACCGAUGGAGCAUUUCUAGGGUGGGGGGGAUGGAUCAUCUACAACCAGAAAAGAGUGGGGGGACAGGGGAGACAAGAAGCCGGUAGGGUCCUGCUGAAGGUUACAGGUUUGGGUGGGGUUUACAGCAAGGCUGAAGUUGCUGUGGGCCCAGGCACGGUGGGGAUAGCUAAGCACCACUGCUGAUGGCAAGAUGGGCCAUGAAGAUGGAGAGGGUGGUAUCUCUGCACAUGGUCGUCCCCCCGCAGCGCCUGGACUGUCCAAUCGCAUGUUCAGUAGGCUAACAAGCCCUCCUGCCUGCUGUGCUGUGGAAGGGUGGUGGCGAUAUUGUUGUUGUACACUGAGCCCUUGCUCUGUGAAUUCCUUCAGAUAACCCCUCCUUACUUUCCUGUCACGUCUACCCCUGUAAUGAUGCUGCCCAUGCCAGAGGCCUAGAAGCGUUCACGCUCAGUGCCAAUUAGGUGGCCUCUCACACCAUCCCGUUCCUAUGAGCCACUGGUGAGCCACAGCUGCCUCACAGGCAGAAACCACACACGGACACGCACACAAUCUCCUGAAAUGCACCAGGAGGAGACAAAUGCACAGCAGUACCCUGUAUGUCUUCCCCUCCCCCACCCACCCCCAAACAGAUUCUGCAUCAGGACUAAUCAGGCAUGGCCCCCUUGACACCUGCCUAGACACCUGCAUUGUGGGGAAAGGGGGGCAGGCUCAAAUAAGAGGAAAAACUGUGUGAGAGAGCCAUAUAUGUCUGGUGAUGCACAACGAGAAAC